AUGUCAGCUAUCAAACGAGUUCCCUUAUCCUUCGUUCGCAAUGUGUCGACAGCGACAACCCCAACCACAAAAGCAGCUGGUGAUAUAAGCUCUGUUUUCCCAUCAUUAUCUGGCAAGGCAGCGGAGCCUCUUCCACCACGUUUUCAAGCUCUGAAAAGUCAACUUUCGGCCGGCAGAGAAAAAGAUUUGACAGAAUCUUGGUGGCGCCUCUUGGACUCCCUCCGAGAUGAAGUCAAGAAAAUUAAAGCGCUGGGAAGUGACGCUAUUCCUUCAAUCGAUUACAAAGACGUCAAAAAUGGAACCCUGACCGAAGCACAAUUGAACGAGAUCCGGCAUCGUGGCUCUGUUGUCAUUCGUGGAGUGGUCCCUAAGGAAACUGCUCUCGAAUACAAACAGAAAGCUAGAGAAUACAUAGCAGCCAAUAAAGACAGGGUUAACGCCUUUCCAAAAGAUGACCCGGCGGUUUAUGAGCUUUACUGGACGCCAAGCCAAGCACAAGCCCGCGCACAUCCAGGCAUGAUAAGCACACAAAAAUUCCUCACAAAGCUAUGGUAUUCCUCGAAUCCACUGUCAAAAAUCUCGACUACACAUCCUAUAAUGUAUGCAGACCGCUUCCGCAUUCGGAACCCAGGAGAUGCCAAAUUCGCACUAGGUCCCCAUUCAGAUGGUGGAUCGCUUGAAAGAUGGGAAGACCCCGAAUAUCGUCGAUGCUAUUCGAAGAUCUUUGAAGGGAAGUGGGAAGAAUACGACCCAUUUGACGCAAAUCACCGAAUUUCUGCUCAUCAGGAUCUCUACAACGGCGCGGGCGCAUGCUCGAUGUUUCGAUUCUUCCAGGGCUGGUUGAGCAUGUCUUCUACUGGGCCGGGUGAAGGGACUAUGAAGAUUUGUCCGUUGCUGAGGCAAGCGACCGCAUACUUGAUGCUGAAGCCUUUCAUGACCACUGGUUCUGUUCAAGCCCCUAAUGCGGAAUUUCCUGGCUCCGUGCCCGGUGCCUGCCAAGAGUAUAAUGAUGAGACGCACCCGGAUCUUGAUUUGGCUAAUACCAUGUGCCCUGUGCCUCAUGUAGAGCCUGGUGACUAUGUUGCAUGGCAUUGCGAUUCUAUUCAUUCAGUCGACAAGGAGCACCAUGGUAAAGGUGACUCCAGUGUAAUCUACAUUCCAGUAUGUCCAAUGACAUCUUCUAAUGUACAGUACCUAGUCAGACAGCGCGAGGCGGCCCUGAAAUAUAGCCCACCUCCUGACUUCCCGGAUGCCGGCGGAGUCGGUGAGCAAGGCUUUACCGGUCAACUUGACUGGAGUUCAGUCCCUAUUGAUGGGCUCCAAGCCAUGGGUAUGGGAUCAAAGUCAUGGGAGACGAGUGAGAAUAUGUCGGAUGGCGAAAAGGCCAUCAUUGAAGCCGCAAACAGAAGGUGCUUUUAG